CGACAGAACAUAAUUUCGUGUCGUUAAAUAAAAUUCGAAUCCAGCACGUGUCUUUUGGGCUCAUUUGGUAGUCUGGCAUAGCUUCACAGUAACUACUGCUAAUGAUCAUAAAGGCAAGCUAAAUGAGCAAUGGCAAUAUCCUAUGGGCAAUUCCAGCGUUAUGAAUGUGAUAUUUGGACACAAAAUUACAAACAAUCCUUCAGAAAAAUUAUUCUUGCAUGAUUUAAAAAAAAGUUCAUGCAUAUUAUCAUAGCACCCACUUGGUUGAGGGGAAGGGCCAAAAUAAUAUUUUCUGAAGCCAUAAAUAUUGUGACAAAUUAUUAUGGAUGUGAUGCAAGAAGACAGAUGCUAAUAGCACGCAGCACAAGAUGCACCUGUAAUUACCGUACGCGAGCCUGGACAAACAUAGAGAGCACGGAUUGGUGGGAACGGGUGGUGAUGAAGGAGUUCCAGCCCCGCGAUUGGCUGGAGAAGUUCCGCAUGAGCAAGGACACCUUCUUUUUCUUGUGCAACAAGCUAAAGCCCCGACUGACGAGGCAGGACACCCACUUCCGGCUGGCGCUGCCCCUGGAGAAGCGCGUAGCCGUGGCGCUGUGGCGGCUAGCCACCAACGUCGAAUACCGCACCAUCAGCGCUCUGUUUGGCGUGGGGCGCUCCACCGUGUGCAAGUGUGUGCGAGAUGUCUGCCACGCCAUUGUGUCCCUCCUCAAGCCCCUCUACCUGCAGCAGCCCAGCGAGCAGGAGAUGGAGGACACAGCCCGGCUCUUCAACACGCGCUGGGGCUUCCCGCACUGCGUGGGUGCCAUCGACAGCCUGCAUGUCGCCAUCAUCGCGCCCUCCAACAACACGGCCGACUACUGGAACAGCGCCGGCUGGCUCUCGGUGGUGCUGCAGGGCGUGGUGAACGGGCUCGGCCAGUUCUGGGACGUCUGUGCCGGCUUCCCGGGGAGCACGGAGGACACGGCCAUCCUGCAGAACUCCACCAUCUGGGCCUCGGCGAGCGAGGGCGGCCUCUCCCCCAAGCCACCCCGGAGCUUCAUGGGUCGACCGCUGAAAUACCUCCUGCUGGGGGACGCCGCCUACCCGCUGCAGAGCUGGCUGCUCAAGUGCUACCCGGAGUCGGACCGGCUGACGCCCCGCCAGCGCGCCUACAACUACCGGUUGAGCCGGGCACGCAGCGUCAUCGAGAACGCCUUCCUGCGCCUGAAGGCCCGCUGGCAGUGCCUGCACAAGCGCAACGACUGCAGUCUGGACCUGGUGCCCACCAUGGUCCUGGCCUGCUGCAUCCUGCACAACGUCUGCGAGGUGCACGGGGACACCUUCGUGGAGGAGUGGCUGGAGGCGGUGAGCCAGGCGGACUCCCCGCAGCCCAGCGACGCCCUGCCCUCGUCUGCGGACGACCCGGAAGCAGAGGAAGUGAGGUCGCUCUUCUGUGACUACUUUCAGCAGCAGCAGAACUGAGCCGCUUUCAGCAGCAGCCGAACUAGAGAUAAUGCAUUCUUAUCAAGUGUGUCUUCAUCGGUGGCUCAGCAAACUUCUGGAAGUGCGGUUAACCCUUCAGUUAAUGAAGUACAGUUCGCGUGGGAUUAGAGUAACCUCGAAUGACCAACGUUGAAUACCGCACCGUCAGUGCUCUGUUCGGCGUGGGCCGUUACUGUAUACAAGUGAGCGCGAGACGCCUGCCACGCCAUCGUGUCCCUCCUCAAGCCCUUCUACCUGCAGCAGCCCAGCGAGCAGGAGAUGGAGGACAUGGCCCGGCUCUUCAACACGUGCUGGGGCAUGCUCUGAGGUCUCCCAUGACCUCAAGAUGAUAAACAUACUAGAGCUGCCAUUGGGGAAUACAGAAUGUACAUUGCCUCCCACAAUGCACUGUUUUACUUUUUAUUAAAACAUUUUAUCACCUGAA